AUUCGUGGUCCCUACACUUCGACUACUCCGCUCAUUUCUCAGUUUCACCAUUUCCCGAUUCCUAGGUCACAUCGCCGCUUCUUCACUCACCAUACAUUAUAUAAACCCUUCCUCUUCACUCUCUUCUCUUCACCAUCGCAUUCUCUCUUUCUCCUAGGGUUUCAGAUCUCUUUUCUCUAGCUCUUCUUCGUUUUCUUUGCUUUCCUACUACAAUACAAUGGCCAAGAUUAAGAUCGGUAUCAAUGGAUUUGGAAGAAUCGGCCGUUUGGUUGCCAGAGUUGCAUUGCAAAGAGACGAUAUUGAGCUCGUCGCUGUUAACGAUCCUUUCAUUACUACUGACUACAUGACCUACAUGUUCAAAUACGACACCGUUCAUGGCCAAUGGAAGCACCAUGAUAUUAAGGUCAAAGAUGAUAAGACGCUUCUCUUUGGCGACAAGGCCGUCACUGUUUUUGGCUUCAGGAAUCCAGAGGAAAUUCCAUGGGGCCAGAGUGGUGCUGAUUAUGUGGUGGAAUCCACCGGAGUUUUCACUGAUCAGGACAAAGCCGCUGCUCACUUGAAGGGUGGUGCAAAGAAGGUAAUUAUUUCUGCACCCAGCAAGGAUGCUCCCAUGUUUGUUGUGGGUGUCAAUGAAAAGGAGUACAAGUCUGACCUUACUGUCGUCUCCAAUGCUAGUUGCACUACCAAUUGUCUUGCUCCUUUGGCUAAGGUUAUCAAUGACAAAUUUGGUAUUGUUGAAGGUCUCAUGACCACUGUCCACUCUAUUACCGCUACACAAAAGACUGUUGAUGGACCAUCAAUGAAGGAUUGGAGAGGUGGUAGAGCUGCUUCCUUCAAUAUCAUUCCUAGCAGUACUGGAGCUGCCAAGGCUGUAGGGAAAGUGCUGCCUGCAUUGAAUGGAAAAUUGACAGGAAUGGCUUUCCGUGUUCCCACUGUUGAUGUCUCAGUGGUUGACCUUACUGUGAGGCUUGAGAAGAAGGCCACUUAUGAGGAGAUCAAAGCAGCCAUCAAGUAAGGAUUACGAUGUCUCUCUUUCAAAUCCUUUGUC